ACAGGGUACCAGCAGUAAACAUGGCGGAGGACCUGCUGGAAACAGUGGAUAGACUUCAGUCCCGGCUCCUGGAGAACCCGGAGCCUCGAAAGCUGCUGAAGACUUUGAAAAGACUGGGGGAACUUCCCAUGACAGUGGACAUACUGGUGGAAACUGGAGUGGGGAAGAUUGUGAAUUCUUUUAGGAAACACCAACUUGCUGGAGAGGUGGCAAAAGGUCUCGUUGCCAAAUGGAAGAAACUGGUUCCUCAGUCUGCAGACAGACCCACCAACAGCCACAUCAACGAGGCUCCACGCUCACACAAUAACUCUGAAGGCCCGGAGGCAGCAGGAGGCCACAGACGCACCCGGGAGCCCUCCCCGGAGGAAGAGCCCUCCUUCAUGGAAGAAGAAGAAGAAGAGGAGGAGGAGGAGGAGGCAGAAGAAGAAGAGAGAGGCUAUCACACAAACUACUCGCCCUCUCCCCCCCACCAGGAGCAGUAUACCCCUCCACGGCGGGGAGGCUACCAGUCAGACGAGUGUGAGAGCCCCGAGCAUGAACCUGAGCCCGAGCAUGAGCCGAGUCCGAGUCCUCCUCCUCCCCGAAAAGAUGUCCGCUACGUCAAACCAAACAAAGAACCAAUCAAAAAUCACCACCACGGUUCCCACAGCGACAGAAACAGGGACCGAGACGAGGAGCGGCGGCAACGCCAUGCAGAGACGAGUAGUGAUCGAGGAGGAGGAGAAGGAGAAGCCGAUGCCGAUGAAGGGAGGAAACGCAGCGCCGACAGAGAGCGACGGCAGAGUCCGGUACAGAAGUCUGCAAAGCACAGCAGAAAGUCCACCACACAGGAGGGCAAGAGGGAGGACAAGAAGAAGGGAGGAGAUGAGGGUGAGUCUGAUUGA